AACAGAUUUGUUUUGUUUAUAUUUUUUAAUAUAUUUUAAUACCUAAAAUUUAAAUACAAUUCCUUAAAAUGUCAGCAAAUAAUAACAAUAAAUGUAGAAUUUGCUUAAAUACUGAAAACGAUUCAGAUAUGAAUCCCUGUUUUGAUAUAUAUUUAGAUAAAAUUAGUUUGGCAUCAAUUUUUACAAAUAUCACAGCGAUAAAGAUAGAAGACUGUGAAUAUUUCCCUAAGAAAUUAUGUCAAUCAUGCACCACAAGUAUAAUCAACUUUAAAACUUUGGUGACAGUCUUUCAUGAGACUAAUCUAAGGUUGAGAGAGCAAAUAUAUAAGGUACAAGAUUGUAGUGAAAUAUCUGAUGAUAAUAACAGCGAUUUUGAUAAUUUUGAAAUGUAUAAGAAAGAAGAUGAUUGUGAGAUAUCAGAUAUUUAUAACAGAGAUAUGAAAGAACAUAACAUUCAUUUGAAAGAUUUAAAUAUGGUAACAUAUAGAAGUAAUGCAACAAAUGGUAAUAGUGAUAAAGUUAAUGAACAGUGUUUAAAGUCAGAUGGUCAACAAAAUGUAACUUCCAACAUUAAAGAAGAAAUAAAGUCGUCUAGUGUAAUUCCACAACAGAAAAUCAAACUGCUGACCAGAAAACAUGAACUUGUAAGUUCAGAAUAUAACACAGUAAACUCUUUUAAAUAUACCUGCCAUUGUGGGGACUGUUUUUUAUACAAAGCUGGGUUUCGUCAACACAUGCAAUCCAGACACAAUAUAUUAUUAGAUGAAACAGAGUUUGAUAGUUAUUCCAAAGAAAUUCAGGUAAAAAUCCCAAUUGGUUUUCCAGAGUUUGUUGCAUCUAAGCUUAUAGUGAGGAAAAAGAAAAUGCAGUGUCGUAUAUGUGACACCAGCUUCUUAACUGAAGAAGAAGUCAAAGCGCACGAAGAUAUUCACAAAACGUACAUAUGUGACCAAUGUGGAGUAGCUUUUUUGUAUAAAAACUACCUCGCAGAUCAUUUACGAAUACAUUCUGAAGAAAGACGUUACACAUGUCGAAUUUGCCAGAAGAAAUUCAAGCACAGAUACACCUACGGCGUACAUAAGAGAUCCCACGAAAUUACAAGGAACUUUGUUUGUGAAACGUGCGGUGCGUCUUUUAAAACGAAAGGAACGCUACGGACUCAUAUACGUAUCAAACAUAGUGACGUCAGAAAUUACUCGUGUCCCAGCUGUAAUCUUUGCUUUAACUUAAAGUCCACGUUGGACAAACAUUUUAUGCGUAAACAUACUCCGGAUAGGAAAAAAAGCUUUGUGUGCAAUAAGUGUGGUGCCGCGUAUUUAAAUAAAAAUACUUUGACGAGACAUGUCGCCGAGAAACAUUUAGGAAGGCGAAAUUUUUUCCGUGUACUAUUUGUGAAAAUAAAAUGUACGUCGUGAAAAAGGGACUGAAGUCGCACAUGUUAAAAAAGCAUGGAAUUGCCUUUGAUCAAAGUAUAUAAGAAAUAUCUUAAUUUGAUUUUUUUAUAAAAAAAUAUAACACUAAAAACAGCUA